AAAAGAUUAUUAAUGUAAAAUGGGUGGGCACACCACCAUUACCGUAAUGCACCCACCACCACGCUUAUCACAAACUCUCUUUCAUCUUCACUGCCCUACAAUUCCACUUUCCCUUCUGUCAACCUAAUCCCUUUCUUUUAUCCUAUUUCUUACCUCUGCUUUCUUUUUUUACAUUCCUAUACACUUUGGGAAAUCUUCCCCCUUUGCUCGUUCUCUUCUCUUCUGCUUCGCUCUCAUUCACUUUUUGAUCUAAAGAUGGCUCCCUUUGCAACUGCAAUGGUGCCCUCUUCACACAUAUUCCACUUUCGGAAGCCAACAAAUCUUGUCUUCCCAAUUCGCUGCUCCACCACUGCUUCUCCUGCCCUGGUUUCCACUCGUUCAAAAGCUGCUAACUUUGAUUUGAUGACAUAUUGGGCUUCCCUAAUGGUGCAGAUCAAUCAAAAACUCAAUGAAGCUAUUCCAGUUCAGUAUCCUCCCCAGAUUUAUGAAGCUAUGAGGUAUUCAGUCCUUGCCAAGGGUGCUAAGAGAGCCCCUCCCGUUAUGUGCAUUGCUUCCUGUGAAUUAUUUGGGGGAAGCCGCCUUUCUGCCUUCCCCACCGCUUGUGCUCUUGAAAUGGUUCAUGCGGCUUCAUUGAUACACGAUGAUCUCCCCUGCAUGGAUGACUCUCCCUCGCGUCGUGGCCGCCCGAGCGCUACCUCCUUCGUGUUAUUGCAGAGAUAGCCCGCUCUGUAGGCUCCACUGGUAUGGCGGCAGGGCAGUUCCUGGACCUCGAAGGAGGACCAAAUGCAGUUGGAUUUAUACAAGACAAAAAGUACGGUGAAAUGGGGGAGUGUUCUGCAGUGUGUGGAGGAUUGUUGGCUGGUGCUGAAGAUGAUGAAAUAGAGAGACUGAGGAGGUAUGGGAGAGCUGUUGGGGUACUAUAUGCAGUUGUGGAUGAUAUUUUGGAAGAGAGGUUGAAAGCUAAGGGUGGUAAUGACGGGAAAAAGAAGGGUAAGAGUUAUGUGGAAGUUUAUGGUGUUGAGAAAGCACAAGAGGUGGCUGAAGAGCUUAGAGAAAAGGCUAAGCAAGAAUUGGAUGGAUUUGAGAAGUAUGGGGAGCGUGUGGUCCCUCUUUACAGUUUUGUGGAUUAUGCUAUUGAUAGAAGUUUCACCAUUGAUGAGACCAGAGGAUGAUGGGUUCUUACUUCUUAGAGUUCAACUAUGUAUAGUUUUUCGUUGAUCUGAGCCCGUUGAGGGCUAACUAUUGCAUACAGAACUUAUUUUAGAGCUUGGAAACGCAGGUCUACAGAAGCAUCAUUUAGAGUUAGAUUUUCCACUUAUUGUUGGGUUUAUGUUGACUAUUCAAAGGGACGUGGAAGCCCCCAAACAUGGACCCAAAAACAAGAGAGCAUUGUCUACGUGACUAUGUUGUUAGAUAUGCAUGAUGCUUAUAUUCCAGUUUCUAUUUGUGAUACAAAGUUAACAUUACAACUCCCUAAAUCAGUAUUAUCCUUAAUAUAUACAUUUUACUCAUUAUAUGUUU